AUGUACUAUAUUAAUCAGAUACCAAUUGCUUAUUUGGAAAUUUUUGUUUCUCCUACAAAUCUUGAUUCUCUUAUCCUUAGAAUUGAAAAGGAUCCAAAUAUCACAUAUUAUGCAGUUAACAAACAGGGUGAUUUGAAAACUAACACACAAAGUGAUGGGCCUAAUGCGGUCACGUGGGGAGUGUUCUCUGGAAAAGAAAUUAUUCAACCAACGGUUGUAGAGGCCAUAAGCUUUAUGGCUUGGAAGACGGUGGACAUUGUGCAAGCUCGGGAACCAGAAAAUUUAACUCCAAAUCAUAAAAUCAGACUUAAGGCUGUUCAGCAUUUUUUACAACUAAGAAAAAAAGGAUAUGCUAAGAUUAAAGCCAGUGAAGUUGUUUCAGAUUUGAUGGGUAAAGCUGGUCAAAAGCUUUUAUAG